AUGGCAGAUCCAGCUAGUGCCACCGCUGGUGCCAGCAGAAGCCGCCGCAAGCGUGCGCUGCCACCACAACGUGCACAAGCUAAACGCAUUCGUACUCAAUCACCUACGUCUAGUAAAGUCAAGUCGCAAAAUUUAGUAAGUGACACACAACCUACCAACAAAGACGUGAACGGCGUCUCGACACCACUCAUAGCAAAAAUUCGCACUAACAACAAGAUACAUCAAGCAAAGCGAUACCAAUCAGGACGCAGAAACAAAACUUGGUGGCAGUUCAAGAAAAACCACUCCAGCAACUUGCCGUCAGAACUCCGACCGAGCACUAGUAAUAAGAUAAAGACAUCCUCGCCCGACUUCCCGGAGGAUUCGCCGUUGUCUCUCGACGACGAGCAACAUCCAAUCAAAUCAAAGUCCAGCAAGGCUCGUAAGCUCGCAUCCGUCAGCUUAUCCGAAAGUCUUCUGAGCAGCAGCGCCGGCCCGUCGAACAACGACAGCUUCGCCAGUACACAGCACAAGUAUCCGCUGCGAAGUCAGGGACGACUCUCUGAUCCCGGCGUCGCACAUCGACCAACCACACAGAGUAAAUCCACAGCGCUGGGGACCACCAGUAGUCAGAACACCAGCAGGAUGCCCGAGCCCUCUCGCCUCACUCGAAGCGGAGCUGUGUUGAGGCGCAGCACUCGAAAUAGCAAAGGGCACAGCACAACAACGGGUUCCUGUGCUAGUUCCAGUGGUGGCCGAGGCUCCAGCAGCAGCCGAGCAUCCCGCCAACAUAAGGUGGGAGCCACGGCUCCUGCCCCCGUCCCAGCCACCCCAAUGGCUUCCGAUCAACUAGAGGUGCCGAACAGCUCAUUGCAAGUUUCAGAGGAGCCACCUUCACCCCAGGAAGCAACACAAGCGAUGGCCAGUGGGGGACCAUCGGGCCCCGGUCCAGACUCAGAGAGUGAUGACAGCGAAGUUGGUCGCUUACAGGCGCUCCUGGAAGCGCGCGGUUUGCCACCCCAGUUGUUCGGUGCGCUGGCUCCCCGGAUGCAGCAGAUGUUGCAUAGGAGUAUGGGUGCUAGUAGCUCGGUAGCCAAAGCUACACAACUUCUUCAGGGCUUACAAGCAACUGGGGAUGAAGGACAACAACUGCAGGCUGUCAUCGAAAUGUGCCAGAUGCUUGUGAUGGGGAACGAAGAUACACUAACUGGUUUUCCUGUCAAGCAAGUUGUACCGGCUUUAAUUACACUUCUUCGUAUGGAACACAAUUUUGAUAUUAUGAAUCAUGCUUGUCGCGCGUUGACUUACAUGAUGGAAGCUCUUCCGCGAUCUUCAGCUGUAGUGGUGGACGCGGUUCCCGUUUUUCGAAAACUUCAAGUGAUACAAUGUAUGGAUGUUGCUGAACAAUCAUUAACUGCUUUGGAUAUGUUAUCUCACAGGCACUCGAAAGCCAUUUUACAAGCUAGAGGUGUGACUGCUUGUUUGAUGUACUUAGACUUCUUUUCAAUCAAUGCUCAACGCAAUGCUUUAUCGGUGACCGCAAACUGUUGCCUAAACAUGACCAGCGACGAGUUUCAAUACGUCGCCGAGUCUCUGCCACUUUUGGCGAAUCGACUGACCCAACAGGAAAAGAGUGUUGAAUGCGUGUGCUCUGCCUUUUCAAGACUGGUAGACAGCUUUCAAUUGGAACCCGCCCGCUUACAAGAAAUAGCUAGCACUGAAUUGUUGACCAACCUACAACAGCUGUUGGUUGUCACUCCGCCAGUAAUCAGCACUGGCACGUUUAUCACGGUAUUGCGAACGCUGUGCGUCAUGUGCGCUAACUGUCCAGAUCUAGCGUUAACUCUGCUAAAACAGAACAUCGCAGAGACGCUUUUAUAUUUACUCACUGGAUCCGCUGAAGUAAGCCAGGAAGAAGUUGAACUUGUCGCUCGGCAACCUCAAGAAUUGUAUGAGAUUACCGCUCUCAUUGGAGAACUGAUGCCGAAGCUUCCAACUGAUGGAAUGUUUGUUGUCGACACUUUGUUAGAACGGCCUGUAAAUAUCAGCAAGGAUCAGCCAACCUGGCAGUGGCGGGACGACCGUGGUUUGUGGCAUGCCUACGGUGCCGUGGACAGCAGAAUGAUCGAGGCGGCGCAUACAAACGGUGACGAUGAAGUCAGCUUGAAUACGCUGGGCCGUACGUACACUAUUGAUUUUCAUUCGAUGCAGCAGAUCAACGAAGACACGGGAACUUCACGUCCGGUACAAAGGAGAUACGCGCCUUCCAACAACCAAGCCUCGCCGGCCGCUGAUCCUGCACCGCCCGGUAGCCGACCAACUUCUGCAAAUCGAGAUGCCCGUGUGGCAUGUCUUCGCGAAGAACGUGGCUUGGCGGCAUCUUUUAUUAGAUCCUUAUUUUCAGUCCUUUACGAGGUCUACUCAUCUAGCGCUGGACCUACUGUGCGUUGUAAAUGCCUAAAAGCUCUGCUGCGAAUGGUCUACUACGCUAGCCCUGAGCUACUCAAGGAGGUAUUGAAGAACCAAGUGGUUAGCAGUCACAUUGCUGGAAUGAUGGCGUCAAGCGACUUACGCAUUGUCGUCGGUGCGUUACAAAUGGCGGAGAUUCUGAUGUCGAAGCUUCCCGAUGUAUUUGGCAUUCACUUUCGACGCGAGGGCGUCAUGCAUCAAAUCAAUCAACUGGCCGAUCCAGAAGUUCCGCUUGGCGUCAGCCCGCCGAAGUCUGCGAAUUCUAGUACUACGUCCUGCAUUCACGACUCGCAGGCCGGCCCCUCGCAAACUCCCAACAGCAGUAAAUUGGAUAUGACACCAAACGGCACUUCGGUUCCAUCACCAACAGACGGCACGCCUAAUUCAGUCAGUUUGUCGCCUGUAUCCUCCGAAACUGUUGUUGCCCAACAAACAGGUCAACAACCGCAAUCGGUAGUGCCGAAGCCGUCUAGGUCGGGCACUAGCUUGGAGCCAGACACAAAGUCACAGAGUCCUUCGCAUGUACGUAUCGGUGAUGUACUGAAACGAAAACGCGCGGGUAAACGAAGUAGCGGUGGCAGGUCAUCGAAGUCUCGACAUGAAGAUUUACCUUUAUCGCCGUCAUUGAUGCACGAUUUGUUCAAUAAGGCGACUUCUUUGGGCACAAAUACGUCAACUUCUAGUAAUUCAACAAGCAACAGGCCUAGAUUUUCGGGAAAUUCAAAAACGACGAGUUUCUUGCAGAGUUUAAAUCCUGCGCGUUGGGGUCGAAAUAUGAAUUCGUCUUCCAAUGACAGAAACUAUACAGGUAACAAGGAGAAAACUAGGCAGUGGGUUAGAGAUCAGGCGACAAAGUUUAUCGAUAUAUAUUCAUCAAAUGAAAUAUCAGGGUCGCAGCAUCCGGCAAUGAAUGUGCUUUCGAGAUUAACCGACUGUAUUCAAAGAUUACCUACGAGCGAGUGCGGUGAAGCCUUGCAGGAGUUGCGAGAAAUUCUUAUCGAGUCCGAUAUCUCCCCGUUCGAAGUGAAUCACUCCGGUUUAAUCAAAGCUCUAUUAUCAUAUCUUGCAUCCAAUACCGGUCCUAUCGAAAGAGAUCAAAGGCUACGCAUCUUUCUUCACGUGUUUGCCAACUGCCCACUUCAAAUGAACGUUACCGUACUAGAUGAUGAAAUAAACUCUACCUGGAUGAGCGCAUUGGUGGCUAAACUGAGUGGUUGCGUAUCACAGUUGGAACAAUUUCCUGUUAAAGUUCACGAUCUACCAGCAAGCAGUGGUGCAGGACGCGGCGGGACGAGUGCUUUAAAAUUUUUCAACACGCAUCAACUUAAAUGUAAUCUACAACGGCACCCUGACUGCACAAACUUGAAGCAAUGGAAGGGCGGCACAGUGAAGAUUGACCCCUUGGCGUUAGUGCAAGCAAUAGAACGAUACUUGGUGGUGCGUGGUUACGGCCGUGUCAGAGACAAAGAUAGCGCCGACAGCGACGAUGCGGAUACAGAUGAUGACAUUGAAGAAACUUUGGCGACUGUCGUUAUUUCUGCGUCGGGCUCCAAACACAAGUUGCAGUUUCUUAUUGGAAACACAGUGCUACCAUACAACAUGACAGUGUAUCAAGCGGUGCGACAGUUUUCUAACAACGGGAACGAUCAAAGUGAAACAGACACUGACAACGAGACGCCUUUGGGACAUGCUGGAGUGUGGAUUCAAACUCACACGAUUUACUAUAGACCAUUGAAAGAGGAACCCAAUGUUUCACAGAAGUCUAGUACGAGUAGUUCGGCUUCAAGUCGAAAAGGCAAAGGAUCCAGCAGCAAGAAUGCUCUCAGACGCAAGGGAGAUGAACUUUGGAAUGAAGGUUUAACUCCAGCUAUCUUGUCGCCUUUGACGCCGUUUUUGGUCACGCAGCUACCAGAAACAGUGACGAUACAAGAUGCUUCCUUGGAGGUGCUCUGCUUGAUGCGCAUUUUAAACGCAUUGAAUCAGCAUUGGACGACGUUAUACCCGGCAAUAGAGUACAGGCCUAUCACGAACCCUUCGGAGUUCUUAAACAGCAAAAUUGCGGCUAAAGCAUCUCGCCAAUUGCAAGAUCCUCUAGUUAUUAUGACCGGUAAUUUACCCAACUGGCUGCAGCAGAUUGCAUCCGUCUGCCCGUUUCUAUUUCCAUUCGAAACACGCCAACUACUAUUCUACGCAACGUCUUUUGAUCGCGACCGUGCGCUUCAGAAACUUCUCGAUAUGACGCCUGAAUUAAGCAGCACUGACUCACAGGAGCGCGUCACACCACGCUUGGACCGUCGAAAACGCACAAUUUCCAGAGACGAUAUUCUGAAACAAGCUGAGCAGGUAAUGCAAGACCUGGCCACAUCAAAAGCGUUACUCGAAGUGCAAUAUGAGAACGAGGUGGGCACCGGCUUGGGUCCAAUUGAGUUUUACACACUCGUCUCGAAAGAAUUACAACGUGUCGACUUGGAAUUAUGGCACGCGCCUGAUAACCAAGGUGAUUAUGUGCAUAAUGCAGUAGGGCUAUUUUCGUCCCCCUUACCAAGAAAUGCCAAGGUUAGCCAGGUGACAAAGGUGAAGACGAAGUUUAGAUUUUUAGGAAAAUUGAUGGCUAAAGCAGUAAUGGAUUCGAGAAUGUUGGAUUUGCCAUUUUCUUUAACUUUCUAUAAGUGGAUUUUGGGAGGAGAACAUUCUCUGGGUCUUGCUGAUCUUGCAGAAGUCGCCCCAGACAUUCAUAAGACUAUUAAAAAGAUGCAACAUUUGGUAAGACAACGGGACGUCAUCCUUGCGAAUUCUGAUUUAAGUGUAGCUACUCAAAACGAAGAGAUCGAGAAAUUGGAGUUUGAUGGUUGUACCAUAUCAGAUUUAGGCAUCGACUUUGUAUUGCCAGGUACCAACAUCGAGUUGAUUCGCAACGGUCGUGUCACUAGCGUCACUAUCAGAAAUCUACAUCAGUACAUCAAUCUAGUUCUGCACUGGUUCUUAGUUGAAGGAGUCAGCAGGCAAAUGGAAUCAUUCCGUGAAGGUUUUGAAUCAGUGUUCCCCGUGCAGAAUCUGCGAAUGUUCCAACCCGAGGAACUGGAGGCCGUCUUUUGUGGCAGUCCAAGGGAUUCUAUAAGCGGGUGGGAUGUGAAAACGUUGAUGGAAUGUUGCCGCCCUGAUCACGGUUAUACAGCUGACUCCCGUGCAGUUCGUUUCUUAUUCGAAGUGCUCAGCUUGUACAACAGAGAGGAGCAGAGACUUUUUGUACAAUUUUUGACUGGAAGUCCAAGAUUACCUGUUGGAGGGUUCAAAUCUUUAUCACCACCCUUGACAGUCGUGCGUCGUGACACCAACUUAAAUCCUGACGACUUUUUACCAUCUGUGAUGACCUGCGUGAACUACCUCAAACUUCCAGACUAUUCAAGCAUUGAAGUCAUGCGUGAGAAGCUUAGCAUCGCUGCGUCGGAGGGACAACACUCGUUCCAUCUCUCCUAAGUGCGAGAAAGAGAAGUGCACUACUGUACUUGUGUGUGAGAAAAUAGACUAUAUUUCAACCUCAUGCAGAAGAUAUUACGAUAUCAAUUUAAAGGAAAGUGGUUUAUUAAAUUACACUAUUAACAAACACGAUAUCAUUGGGAGAAAAUGGCCAUCAUUUCAUUGACAAAAAAGAAUGAAUUUGUUGUAAUUAUUUAAGUUUUUUUCUUUGUUCUCCGAAUUGUACAUAUUUCUCUUAAUUUUUAUUUCGUUCUACGCGUUUCUUUUGUGAGAUACCUGCAAGCCGAGUGCUGCUCUUAGAUUUUGUUAUGUCAGGUGUACCGCGACCGUGAAUUUCAUUUAGGUUUUUGUGCGUUUAAACGAUUAAGUGAGCAACAAAGUGAGCAGAUGUGCCGGUCUCCACUACAAAGAUAGCUUAAGCAAAGACUAUCAGGACUAUCUGCUCGUUUCGAUUUUCAGAAGCGUCAUUUAUGAUUUAUUUAAGUAUGUGAAUAUUUGUAAGACUUCGUAAUAACAUGAUUUUAACGUUUAAUUUGUUAAUUUCAAGUUGUGUGCACCUGCGAACACUGGGCUAGACUGAAACACCUAUUGCUGUUUCUUGAAAUAGCAAGGAGCCAAUGAUGCAUAUUUAAGAGAAAAGUAAAUUUACUGCUGCAAACCAGCAUUUAUUAACUACUGUAAUCAUAAAGUGCAACUAUAAUGUUUCAAUAAAUUUCUAUACAAAAUUUAAAA